GCAACACUUCCACCUCCCCUGGCUUUAAAUACCUCUAUCCUCCCUUUCCCUUCUCCUUCAGCCUGGAUUAUCUCGAGGAAGAAAGAUGGAGGCUCUCAUCCAGGCCCAUGGGUUAUCCCAUCUGCCUUCGUCCCCAAAAACCCAGCCUUCUGCCAGGAGGCUGAAAUCCAGACUGAGUUUUAGACCCACCAUACCCAUCUGCAAAUCCUCACCGUUCGAGUCCAAAGGCCUCACCAACUCCUUGCAUGGUAUCAGAAACAGGGGAAAGUUUCAACCUUUGAGCUCUGGGAAUGGUGAUAGGCUUCAGAUUUGCAGAGCAGCAGCGGCAAGUGAGGCCUUUUCUGGUGAUAGUGGAAAGGAGAUACAAAAAUCCAACAAAUUCCUGGUGGAGAUUGUUACACUGAAGAAGAUAAUCCCACUUGGGCUGAUGUUCUUUUGUAUCCUCUUCAAUUAUACCAUCCUUAGGGACACAAAAGACGUGCUUGUGGUGACGGCCAAAGGGAGCAGUGCAGAGAUUAUUCCAUUCUUGAAGACUUGGGUGAACCUUCCCAUGGCCUUUGGGUUCAUGAUUCUUUACGGCAAUCUUGCAAAUGUGUUGUCAAAAGAGGCCCUUUUCUAUACUGUGAUUGUUCCGUUCAUUGCUUUCUUCGGGAUCUUCGGUUUUGUUCUUUAUCCUCUCAGCAGCUAUAUUCAUCCCACUGCUUUGGCUGAUAAGCUUCUCGCAGCACUGGGCCCAAGGUUUCUUGGUCCAAUUGCCAUUUUUAGGAUCUGGAGUUUCUGUCUCUUCUAUGUCAUGGCUGAGCUUUGGGGUAGUGUGGUUAUCUCUGUUCUCUUCUGGGGGUUCGCUAAUCAGAUUACUACUGUCGAUGAAGCAAAACAGUUUUACCCACUGUUUGGACUUGGAGCAAAUGUUGCUCUUGUUUUCUCUGGUCGAACUGUUAAGUACUUUUCAAAUCUCCGCAAGAAUUUACCCCCAGGAGUUGAUGGCUGGGCUCUCUCUCUGAAAGGAAUGAUGGGAAUUGUAGUGCUGUUGGGCCUUACAAUAUGUGGGAUCUACUGGGCAGUGAACACUUUUGUUCUAACUGACCCAUCCCUUCCCAAACCUGCUCCCCGUAAGAAGAAGGAAAAACGCAAGUUGGGUAUGAUGGAGAGCAUGAAAUUUUUGUUAUCCUCGAGGUAUGUCAGAGAUCUUGCUACCCUAGUUGUUGCAUAUGGCAUCAGCAUCAACCUUGUUGAGGUUACUUGGAAAUCAAAGCUCAAGGCACAGUAUCCUAGCCCGAACGAGUACUCAUCUUUCAUGGGAGACUUCUCAACCUGCACUGGCAUUGCUACUUUCACAAUGAUGCUGCUCAGCAGGGUGAUCCUCCGCAGAUAUGGAUGGGGAGUUGCCGCUAUGAUUACACCCACUGUCUUGCUCCUCACAGGAGUUGGUUUCUUUGCUCUUCUUUUAUUUGGAGAACCACUAGCUCCUAUGCUUGGGACAUUUGGUUUAACACCUCUGCUGGCUGCUGUCUAUGUUGGUGCCUUGCAAAACAUUUUUAGCAAGAGCUCCAAGUACAGCUUGUUUGAUCCCUGCAAGGAGAUGGCCUAUAUACCAUUGGAUGAAGAGACUAAGGUUAAAGGGAAAGCUGCAAUUGAUGUUGUCUGCAAUCCUUUAGGAAAGUCUGGUGGUGCCUUGAUUCAGCAGUUUAUGAUUCUCACGUUUGGUUCUCUUGCUAACUCUACACCAUACCUUGGAGGCAUACUGUUGGUAAUUGUUCUUGCUUGGUUGGCUGCUGCUCGUUCUUUGGAUUCACAAUUUUCUGUUUUGGCAAAAGAAGAACUUCUGCACGAAACAGAGGCAGUUCCUGAGAAGCAGGCAUUAGCGGCAAAGCAGGUACCAGAGGACGAUGGAAAUGGUUCCAUCCCUGUAGAGCAAGCACACGAUUCUAAGGUUGGAAACGGCCUGGGUUACAAGGCUGUUUCUGGUGAAGAAUCUACCCUUGGAGAAACUGUUGAUGAAGGGUUUGGCAGCUCAUUCGAAUCAAAGAGGCAACAGAGUUAACUUGUUCGAUGAUUGUGGCUCCGAAUUAAUGGCGAGCAAAAAAAUUUUGGAGUGGUGAAUUGGUAUAGUAGAAAUAUAAGUAGACAGGGUUCGGGUACUUAUCUUCUCUGGUAAGAAAUAAUUAUAUGGUGCUGGAUUUGUAUUUGUACGAAUGGUAUUUACUUGUCUGUAGCAAAAUUUUGACUUGUCUUAGGAGGAAGGGGCAUGAAAUUCAUUUGAAGCCUCAGCAUGAAAAGAAUUAGUUCAUUAUUCA